GGAGCGGGAGGGAGCCUCGGUCCGUCACCGGCGCGACCAGCGUUUCGCGUCCUCCACUCCCUGCGCUCCCGCCACUUCGGCAACCCGACACCCGCCUACCGCCUCCGUCCGAGGCCUCCGCCGCUGCGAGGCUCGCGGCUUCCCUCCUGUCUCUUUAAAUGGUGGGGCCAAUGGGCCGCCCCUGCAGCUGCUACCGGGGUGGCCCCGCGCGCCGCUAUUGAGGGGCGAACCAAGAUGGCGGCGGCUUUGGCUCUGUGAGGAAGACGGAAGAGGCGACGGAAGAGGCGGCGGCGGCAGCGGAAGAGGCGGCGGCGGCGGCAGCGGCGGAGGGAAAAGGACUCCCAGUAGCCAAGAGCGCUCGUGCGCCAGGGGGCUCUCGGAGUCUCCCGCGUAGUGGUGGCAGCUGCCCCAGGACCAGGCGCCGGUCGGCUUCGGACAUUUGAAGCAGGGGAGCGGAGCGCAGUCCCCGGCUGCGGUGGCAGGGCCAGGUAUAAGGAAGGAAAACAUGGCGGCGGCGGCCUGAGGAGGCGGCGGCGGCGCGGGAAGCAGCUUCACGGAGAUCAUGGCGGAGGCGGGAGCAGGGCAGUGAACGGCGCCGCGAGUUCCUAGCGCGGCGGGGCGGGAGGCUGCGAAGCGUUGCGUGGCCCCCUCGGGGCGGCCGGCCUCGCCGGGCCUGGACAAUAGCGCCGAGGAGCCGGAGGCGAGGAAAGGCGGGGGCCAGAGCUCAGGCCCGGCGGCGGGCCAUGAGGGCGGCAGCGCGGCCCCGGGGCGGCCAGCGGCGGCAGUGAGGCCGGGGAGCCCUCCGCUCGUGGGCGUCUUCUCGCCUCGGCUCCCGCCUUCCCCGGACCCCCUUCCCGGGCGACUCCGGCGGGGCCUUUGCCCCGGACCCCGGGCGGCACGAUGACCGACACCCGGCGGCGGGUGAAGGUUUACACACUCAACGAGGACCGGCAGUGGGACGACCGGGGCACCGGGCAUGUGUCGUCCGGCUACGUGGAGCGGCUGAAGGGCAUGUCCCUGCUUGUCAGGGCCGAGAGUGACGGUUCUCUACUUUUAGAGUCCAAAAUAAAUCCUAAUACUGCAUACCAGAAACAACAGGACACUUUGAUUGUGUGGUCUGAAGCAGAAAAUUAUGACUUGGCCCUUAGCUUUCAAGAAAAAGCUGGAUGUGAUGAAAUUUGGGAGAAAAUAUGUCAGGUUCAAGGAAAGGACCCAUCAGUGGACAUCACUCAGGACCUUGUAGAUGAGUCUGAAGAGGAGCGUUUUGAUGAUAUGUCAUCGCCAGGUUUAGAAUUGCCAUCUUGUGAAUUAAGUCGCCUUGAGGAAAUUGCAGAACUUGUGGCAUCAUCUUUACCUUCCCCCCUGCGUCGUGAAAAACUUGCACUAGCACUGGAAAAUGAGGGUUACAUUAAAAAGCUCUUAGAGCUUUUUCAUGUGUGUGAGGAUUUGGAAAAUAUUGAAGGACUGCACCACUUGUAUGAAAUUAUCAAAGGCAUCUUCCUCUUGAAUCGAACUGCUCUUUUUGAAGUUAUGUUCUCUGAGGAAUGUAUAAUGGACGUCAUUGGAUGCUUAGAAUAUGAUCCUGCUUUAUCACAACCACGAAAACAUAGGGAAUUUCUAACAAAAACAGCCAAGUUUAAAGAAGUGAUUCCCAUAUCAGAUCCUGAGCUGAAACAAAAAAUUCAUCAGACAUACCGAGUUCAGUAUAUACAAGACAUGGUUCUACCUACCCCUUCAGUCUUUGAAGAAAAUAUGUUAUCAACACUUCACUCUUUUAUCUUUUUCAAUAAGGUAGAAAUUGUUGGUAUGUUACAGGAAGAUGAAAAAUUUCUGACAGAUUUGUUUGCACAGCUAACAGAUGAAGCAACAGAUGAGGAAAAAAGACAGGAAUUGGUUAACUUUUUAAAAGAAUUUUGUGCGUUCUCCCAAACGCUACAACCUCAAAACAGAGAUGCUUUUUUCAAGACUUUGUCAAACAUGGGUAUAUUACCAGCUUUAGAAGUCAUCCUUGGCAUGGAUGAUACACAGGUGCGAAGUGCUGCUACUGAUAUAUUCUCAUACUUGGUUGAAUAUAAUCCAUCCAUGGUACGAGAGUUUGUCAUGCAGGAGGCACAACAGAAUGAUGAUGUAAGUAAGAAGUUAACAGAGCAAAAAAUAACCAACAAGGAUAUUUUGCUCAUCAACCUCAUUAUAGAACAUAUGAUUUGUGAUACAGACCCUGAACUUGGAGGAGCAGUCCAGCUUAUGGGCCUCCUUCGAACAUUAGUUGACCCAGAAAACAUGUUAGCUACUGCCAAUAAAACAGAAAAGACUGAAUUUCUGGGUUUCUUCUACAAGCACUGUAUGCAUGUCCUUACUGCUCCCUUACUGGCAAAUACAACAGAAGACAAACCUAGCAAAGAUGAUUUUCAGACUGCCCAGUUGUUGGCACUUGUAUUGGAAUUGUUAACAUUUUGUGUGGAGCACCAUACCUACCACAUAAAGAACUACAUUAUUAAUAAGGACAUUCUCCGGAGAGUGUUAGUUCUUAUGGCCUCGAAGCAUGCUUUCUUGGCAUUAUGUGCUCUUCGUUUUAAGAGAAAGAUUAUUGGAUUAAAAGAUGAGUUUUACAACCGCUAUAUAAUGAAAAGUUUUUUGUUUGAACCAGUAGUCAAAGCAUUUCUCAACAAUGGAUCCCGCUACAAUCUGAUGAACUCUGCCAUAAUAGAAAUGUUUGAAUUUAUUAGAGUGGAAGAUAUAAAAUCAUUAACUGCUCAUGUAAUUGAAAAUUACUGGAAAGCAUUGGAAGAUGUAGAUUAUGUACAAACAUUUAAAGGAUUGAAACUGAGAUUUGAACAACAAAGAGAAAGGCAAGAUAAUCCCAAACUUGACAGUAUGCGUUCCAUUUUGAGGAAUCAUAGAUAUCGAAGAGACGCCAGAACACUAGAAGAUGAAGAGGAGAUGUGGUUCAACACAGAUGAAGAUGACAUGGAAGAUGGAGAAGCUGUCGUGUCUCCAUCUGACAAAACUAAGAGUGAUGAUGACAUUAUGGAUCCAAUAAGUAAAUUCAUGGAGAGGAAGAAAUUAAAAGAAAGUGAGGAAAAGGAGGUGCUUCUGAAAACGAAUCUUUCUGGUCGGCAGAGCCCAAGUUUCAAGCUUUCCCUCUCUAGUGGAACAAAGACUACCCUCUCCAGCCAGUCACCUGCAACAAAUCUGCCUGGUUCUCCAGGCUCACCUGGAUCCCCAGGAUCUCCAGGCUCUCCUGGAUCCAUCCCUAAAAAUACAUCUCAGACGGCAGCUAUUACUACCAAGGGAGGCCUCGUGGGUCUGGUAGAUUAUCCUGAUGAUGAUGAGGAUGAUGAUGAGGACGAAGACAAGGAAGACACGCUCCCUUUGUCAAAGAAAGCAAAGUUUGAGUCAUAAUGGCAGCUGCCUGUGAUCAGUACCUGUUGAGAAAACUGGUUCUCUACCCCUCCCCACUACAAAUCUAUAACAGAGCAGUGGCCUCUUGUGAAUGACUGAUACAGCUCAGCUCGCACACUUGACUUCUGCUCAUCAAGUGCCAAUUCAGUGGAGCAGGAGGAGGGGAUAAUUAUACAUUUAGGGGGAAGACUUACACCUUCGAGGUCUAAGCUUGGACCACACAUUGCCCUUUUCUCAGGGAAGGAAAUGGAAACGAAAAGCCAACAGGGCAGGGGUUUUGUAAGUGGAACUCUGGAUUGACUGGUCAGUUGCUACAAUCAGAAUAUGCUUUCUCGGACCAUGUUUGAGACUCAGAAGAAUAGGCUUUUCUGCCCUAAUUCUUCACUAGUUAAGAAUGCCAGCAGUUUCUUUGUAUAAAGAGACCUGCCUUUAAAAUCGUACAUUCUGAACAUUUUAGUCAAGCUACAGCAGGUUUGGAAAAACCUCUUCGGGGGAGGGGCGAAUAUGAGGUUUCCUCUUUUUUAUCUGUUCCCUUUGCCCUUCAAACUGCAGAUUUUUUUUUUAAGUGGGGAUUUGUCCCUACUUGAUUAAAGAUUGAGUGGAAUUCUAGAUGUGGUCAUUUGUGUCAUAAUUUUUUUUGUUUCAUUUUGUUUUUGAUUUUUUUUUUU